AUGGAACCAAAGUUCAGAAUCAACUGUAACAGAAAUAACAAUAACAAUGACUUCCUUCCAACAACAAACAAUGCCACUUCUCGUUUACCAGAAAGUCCAAGAAUUCCAAUGGAGUUUCUCUCAAGGUCAUGGAGUGCUUCUGCAUUUGAAGUCUCUAAAGCCUUGUCACCUCAACCACCUCCUCCUCCUUCUUCUUUUUGCUUACCUUCCAAUAAACCUUCUACUAUCUCUAUACCUGAAGAAACCAUGUCUGGAAAUCAAUUCUCUUUUGCUACUUCUGCUACUUCACAGCUUGUUCUUGAACGCAUUAUGUCACAGUCUGCAAGAGAGGAAGUAUCUCCAUUAACAUCAGGUAGAUUGUCUCAUAGCAGUGAACCAUUGAAUGGUGGUGGUUCUUUAACAGGAACAGAUAGUCCUCCAAUUUCUCCUUCCGAUGAAUUUGACGAUGUUAUUAAGUUUUUUCGUGCAAACAAUUCGAUACAUGCUUUAUUCAAUGGUACAAGAGCCAUGAGUAGUGGAAUUGGCAAUGCAACUCCAAGUUCAGGACCAAAAACAGUAGGAAGAUGGUUGAAAGAAAGAAGAGAGAAAAAGAAAGAAGAAAACAGAAGCCAUAAUGCUCAAGUUCAUGCUGCUAUUUCGGUAGCAGCAGUAGCAUCUGCCGUUGCUGCUAUCACCGCAGCAACGGCAGCAUCGUCUGCGUCAAACAAGGACGAGAGAAUGGUUAAGACUGAUAUGGCUGUGGCUUCUGCAGCAACACUGAUUGCUGCUCAGUGUGUUGAAGCUGCUGAAGCAAUGGGAGCUGAGAGAGAACACCUUGCUUUUGUUGUUAGUUCUGCUGUCAAUGUGAGAUCUCAUGAUGAUAUCACUAGUCUAACCGCAGCAGCUGCCACAGCUCUAAGAGGGGCAGCAACAUUGAAAGCAAGAGCAUUGAAAGAGAUGUGGAAUAUUAGCGCUGUGACGCCGCUAGAGAAAAGCAUAGGAAUUGGAAUAUGCGGCGGUAAAGCCAAUAAUAACAGUAGCUCCAGUACUAGUGAUAGUGGUGGAGAGAUUAUCAAUGCAGAUAAUUUCCUAAGUGCUUGCAGCCAAGAACUUCUUGCUCGAGGAACCGAAUUACUCAAACGCACCCGCAAAGGCGAUCUUCACUGGAAAAUAGUUUCUGUUUAUAUACAUCGAACCGGCCAGGUGAUGCUGAAAAUGAAAAGCAGACAUGUUGCAGGAACAAUUACAAAAAAGAAAAAGAAUAUUGUGUUAGAUGUGUGCAUGAAUUUAGCAGCUUGGCCAGGAAGGCAUCUAUUGGAGGAUGGUGAAAAAAGAAGGUACUUUGGAUUGAAGACAGAAUCAAGAGGUUUAGUUGAGUUUGAAUGUAGAAAUCAAAGAGAAUAUGAAUUGUGGACUCAAGGUGUUUCAAGACUUCUUUCAAUUGUUUCACAUAGGAAAAACAGAAAUGGGAUCUAA